UGUGUUUGUGGGCCUCUGUCUUGGUUAGACCUAUUAGUAGGAUUGUAUUUUUUGGGGAAAGACUUCUGAUUUUGGGAAAGGUACUUUUUGGGAAAACUGCUGAGAAGCACCUAAGGAAUCUGAACAUAGGACUGGUGAAUAAGGCAUAAUGUUGUGUUCAAAUUGCCUUUAUGUACCAUAAGGAAAGUACUGAUUAUGGAAUGAUGCGCAGAAAUGAAAAAGAUGGGUGUAUAAAAUUCUUCCUUCCCUUCAAGCACCUAAAGUGACUAUGCUCAGGGAACAUUUAUGUGGCUUUCAGCUCUUUUCUGAAGGUACCACAGCCUCCUUCUCAUGCUGUGUGGCUUUGCAAGUUCACUGUCUGUUAAAACUGCAGGGUUUACUUAACAGUAGAAGACACAUACUCCAUGAGUCUCAGUCUUCUGGCUCCUGAAGUGUCAUCUGCUGCAAAAAGCUGAAGUUAUGGAUGACAAGUGAGACAGCAGCGUUUGCAUCCUGAACCUGAUGCAGAGGGUCUGAAUUACCUGUGGGAAAGCAAAGGCAAUAUGACUGUUUUCAUAUUUAAUGUGUGAAUUACAGCUAGGACUUGUACUUAUCACAGCAGAAUACUCAUGUUCAUGAAGGUCAGAUAUUUAGGCAAUACAUGGAAAAUCCGUUUUGGUUCUUGGACUGAGAACUCAAAACUCAUUUCAUAAGUGAAAGCUUUUGGCAAAGCAAUUCUCACUGAAGGAGGGAAUUUCAAGCACCUUCAUAAAUGCAGUGUUGGAUGUCUGCCUCCACUGACAUUCUAUUUUUUUUCUUUUCCUGCCAGAAAUCUUUUCUUUUCUAAAAAUAUUUACUUGACUCUGCAUAUUGCUGCCUAAUCUAAAGCUGGAUAAUAUAGUGCUGAUUUUAAAAUCCCAACUGGUUCAGGGUAUAAGAAUGACUUUUAAAACAUUGCUAAAAUCAUCUGUUUGGAACAAAAUUUCUAACUGAUUAUGCUCUUCUGGCUGUAGUGUUGUUUCUACACCACCAACCCCCCACUCCCUCCCCCUAUAACCGCUGCUGCUGUCCUAAUCUUCUAGACCAUUUAGUACCCUCCUCUUAUCCUAAGUAAAAUACAAUUGCUGGCUCUGAUAUUCUUUAGGUGAUAAUCCAGAUUAAUUCAGACUUUGAUGUAGGAACAAGUCCUAUUUCAGCUGCCAAGAGAUCCAGAUUGCCCCACGGAAAAUGCACACAACACAUGCACGUACACACAAGCGCACGCAGUAUGUAGAAUGCCUUAAAGAAACUGUAGCUAACCACCUUAUUAGUAUUCCUCCCUCCUCUGUGUUUCACUUGCAGCAACAGAGGGCUGAGCAAAAUGCAGUAGAACGGGGACAGAGACAGAGCUGGCAAUCAUCUCGGUGCAGGCUGCUGAAUGUAGGGGGUGGGGGGGAUGCAGCAAAGCAAGAUUAAUAACCUUGCCAUAAUCCUGUGCACCCUGGAAGGAGAUACCUCCGGUGACUGAGCUGUUCUUGUCUUGAUUAAUUGGACUGAGUGAAUGAGUGGCUGGCAAUCCACCUGGUUUGGAGGCGACCCCCUGGUUUUGCUGCUCUCUGAAUCCUCUACCCAUCUGGGAAGGUAACAGUGAGACAUACCAUCUGCAGCACACACAGCAGCUAUUGGAGGCUACUACUGACAGUUUGCACUACAUUUUUUGGUGAGCAAGAAGCCAGGUAUAUUGUACAGUAGGAUAUUUCUGUGCUCAAGCUACUGAAUUUCACAAUCUGGUCCUUCAGCAACCCCCUACGCUCCCUUUCCAAUUGCUUUUGAGUUCUGGGCUUACUUUUGGCAUAGUCUCCUGGACACGUUUUGCUGGGGAUGGAAGAGCAGUAAAUGGAACCUCUGAAAACUAAUUGUUUUGCUUCUGUGUGACUCGAGAAAGAAAAAAGCUAAAAGAAUCACAUCCACUUGGAGGAAUUUAAAUUUCUCUCGGAGAAGUUUAUAGAGGGACUGUACAAAAGAAAUGAAUUCCUUUAUUGGAAGAAAUUGUGAUUAUUUAUUGAUUCAGAAAGAAAUCCGGCUGAUGUUCUCUUGGGUGUUCUGAACAACAUGUUGCCAGAAAAACAGGAAUGUGCAGUGGAGGUUAUUAAUACGAACAUAUCCUAAGACACAGCGUACCUUUUGUGAAAAUAAAUACACAACACUUUGACAUGAAGGACAAUUAACAGUGCCAUGAAUUACUGAGGACAGGUGUUUUAUCCUGUUCAUCACCAGAAGUAAUCCCUUUAACAAGAAACUCUUCCCUAGAACUUGAAGAUCAGAUGUGAUUCAGUAAGGUAGAGUGGCAGGCGUGCAGAGAAUCAAGUAGUCCGUCAUGCAAAGGUUGUGGAAAUACAAUUCCAUUCAUUCCUGGCAAUAGCACUUUUGAUGUCCACAUCAUUAGCAGCAGUCCCGCAAGUACCAACGGGUGGAUGCUGUGGGGGGGUCCAGGCAGCUCUGUGGAACAGUCUCCAGUGGGCUAGUAGGAUGAGAAGGUCCAGGGGUAGUUUGGGAAGCGAGGAGAAACAUCACCUCCCGAGACGGUAAACCUACUGAAAAGACGAUUCAAACUCCAGAAGGACCAACACCAAAUAAAUUAUGAAUGUUGAACAAGAUGACCUUACAUCCACAGCAGAUAAUGAUAGGUCCUAGGUUUAACAGGGCCCUAUUUGACCCCCUGCUUGUGGUGCUGUUGGCUCUUCAGCUUCUUGUGGUGGCUGGUCUAGUAAGGGCUCAAACUUGCCCUUCUGUCUGCUCCUGCAGCAACCAGUUCAGUAAGGUGAUUUGUGUACGGAAAAAUCUUAGAGACGUGCCAGACGGCAUCUCCACCAACACCCGGCUACUCAAUCUCCAUGAGAACCAGAUCCAAAUCAUUAAAGUUAAUAGCUUCAAACAUCUGAGGCACCUAGAAAUCCUGCAGCUCAGCAGGAAUCACAUCAGAACAAUUGAAAUAGGGGCUUUCAAUGGUCUGGCCAAUCUCAACACUUUGGAACUCUUUGACAAUCGUCUGACCACUAUCCCAAAUGGGGCUUUUGUAUACCUGUCAAAACUGAAGGAACUGUGGUUGAGAAACAACCCCAUUGAGAGCAUCCCUUCUUAUGCUUUUAACAGAAUCCCUUCUCUCCGGAGGUUGGAUUUGGGGGAAUUGAAAAGGCUUUCAUACAUCUCAGAAGGUGCCUUUGAAGGUCUGUCCAACUUGAGGUAUUUGAACCUUGCCAUGUGCAAUCUUCGAGAGAUUCCUAACCUUACUCCACUAGUAAAACUGGAUGAGUUAGAUCUUUCUGGGAAUCACCUGACUGCCAUCCGGCCAGGUUCUUUCCAAGGGUUAAUGCAUCUUCAGAAAUUGUGGAUGAUACAGUCCCAGAUUCAAGUGAUAGAAAGGAAUGCUUUUGAUAAUCUUCAGUCACUUGUAGAGAUCAACCUGGCACACAACAAUCUAACACUACUGCCUCAUGACCUGUUCACACCACUCCGCCUAGAGAGGAUCCACUUGCAUCACAAUCCUUGGAACUGCAACUGUGAUAUCCUUUGGCUCAGCUGGUGGAUUAAAGACAAGGCACCCUCCAAUACUGCAUGCUGUGCCCGUUGCCACACGCCUCCCAGUUUAAAAGGAAGGUACAUUGGUGAGCUGGACCUGAAUUACUUCACAUGUUAUGCUCCAGUCAUAGUGGAGCCACCAGCAGACCUCAACGUCACAGAAGGCAUGGCUGCAGAGAUGAAAUGCCGGGCAUCGACCUCCCUGACCUCCGUAUCUUGGAUUACUCCAAAUGGAUCUGUAAUGACGCAUGGGGCAUACAGAGUUCGGAUUGCUGUGCUCAGUGAUGGCACAUUAAAUUUUACAAAAGUAACUGUGCAAGACACGGGUUUGUACACGUGCAUGGUGAGUAACUCUGUUGGGAAUACCACGGCUUCUGCCACGCUGAAUGUGACCGCCCUGGAUAACCCUGGUUACACGUACUUUUCAACCGUCACGGUAGAGACUGUGGAACCUUCUCAGGAUGAGGCGCAGACCACAGAGCAGGUUGGGCCCACACCAGUUACCAACUGGGAAACCAUUAACAUGACAACCUCACUCACUCCACAGAGCACAAGAUCAACAGAAAAAACAUUCACCAUUCCUGUGACGGACGCAAACAAUGGGAUCCCAGGAAUAGAUGAGGUUAUGAAGACUACCAAAAUCAUAAUUGGUUGUUUUGUGGCUAUCACUCUCAUGGCUGCUGUGAUGCUCGUAAUUUUCUACAAAAUGAGGAAGCAGCAUCACCGGCAGAACCAUCAUGCUCCAACACGGACUGUAGAGAUCAUUAAUGUGGAUGAUGAGCUUACAGGUGACACACCCAUAGAGAGUCAUUUGCCCAUGCCAGCAAUAGAGCAUGAGCACUUAAAUCACUAUAACUCUUAUAAAUCUCCUUUCAACCACACAACAACAGUUAACACAAUAAAUUCAAUACACAGUUCAGUGCAUGAACCGUUAUUGAUCCGAAUGAACUCAAAAGACAAUGUUCAAGAGACUCAAAUCUAAAACAUUUAUGACAUUAAGGGGUGGGGUGGGGGGACAACAAAAGGUGGUUUAUAAAACAAAUGACACAAAUGACUGGGCUAAAUCUACUGUUUCAAAAGUGUCUUUACAAAGAAAAAGAAAUUUAUUUAUUAAAAAUUCUAUUGUGAUCUAAAGCAGACAAAAUUAUGUGUAUUCCUCAGAACCUGUUUUUGCUGCAGUUAUUUACCCUCCUCCUUCCCGUUUUCCUGCCCAACCUACCCUGACUCCCAUUUGCCAUAUUUUUCAUAGGAGAUCUUGAUUCCCUAAAAGAACUGAUCUAGGAAAUUUUGUAAGAAUUCUGUUACACUUUGGGAAUUUUUAUGGUGAAUUCUAGUGGUGAGAUUCGGUCUAUUUUGUCACUUUCUCUUUUUUCUUUUAUUUUCUCAUGCCCGUUCUGAAAUUAUUCAGCAGAGAAUGGAGUAAUAACAGUAACUUUGAGAGUGAGAAAAACAAGUAAACCUUUUUUUGCUCCAUGUAAUGAUUUGCUCUGUAUCUACCAAAAGCACCAUUCUGUGAAAAAAACGGAAAAAAAAGUAAAAAAAAAAAGAAAAAAAAAAACCAACCAAAAAUUAAUUUACUUGUGAAAGCCUAUAA